CUUUCUUCUCUUUCUUCUUUUUCUUCUUUUUCUUCCUUUUCUCUCUCUCUCUUUUUGCUUUUUUUUUUUGUCCUUAUCCUCUCAUAUCUUACUUUUUCCAAUCAUGUCUCAAAGAAUAUUCAUUGGUAACCUUUCCCGAUCAGCUGAAAAAAAAGAUUUGGAUAGAAUGUUCUCUCCUUUUGGCCCCAUUUUGGAUUUGACUGUAAAGUCUGGUUUUGGUUUUGUGGAGUUCGAGUCUUCAAGGGACGCUGCUGCUGCUGUUGAAGAAUGCAAUGGUGCCAAGAUUCAUGAUAGACGUAUUAUUGUAGAAAUAGCUGCUAGACGACGUGAUCGUCGUGAACCUUAUCGUAGAGAAUCUGAAUCCUACAGAUUGAUUGUUAAAGACAUACCACCCAAUACUACUUGGCAGGAUCUCAAGGAUUUGAUGAAAAAAGCUGGCCGUGUUACCUUUGCUGAUAUUCUUAAAAAUACUGAUGAAGGGAUUGUGGAAUUUGCUCAUCGUAGUGAUAUGCAGUACGCUUUACGAAAACUUGACAAUUCAAGACUAAAUGGACAACGUAUUACUCUCGAAGAACCUAGUCGCCGUCGUCGAAGAUCAUCAAGAGAUCGAUCUAUUUCUCGCUCUCCAUCUCGUUCUCGCUCUCCUCGCCGUGGUAGAAGUUAUAGAUCUCGUAGCCGUAGUAGUAGUAGUCGUUAUCGUUCUGCUUCUGAUUCCUCCCGUCGAUCUCGUAGCCGUAGUGUUAGCAGUGGCCGUCAUCGUUCUGCAUCUCCUCGUCGUUCUGUCUCUCCUGCUCGUUCGAACAGAAGCCAAUCACCUGAUCCUGUUGAUGCUGAAUAAAUUCAAGACUGAUGUCCAAUCUGAUCAAUAAUACUGAAUGAAUGGAAGGAAAUGCAAUAGGUAAAAAAAAGGAAACAGGAUAGAAAAAAAUAUAGGAUCUUUUUUAGAGUAGUGAUUGUGUGAUAUAUACAUUUUUACCAAUAAAAAAAAAGUUGAUUACCAUAUCCCCCUUGGCCAUUUUUUAUUAUUUUGAUUA